AGAAAAAUCCUGGAUCCGCCCCUACUAUUUCUGUUAAUAUUCAGUUUCUGAUUAUUUCUGCUGUUCCCGUGAUAGGUUCACGGCGACGUCUUUGUGUUCUUCUUAUCGCAGUAACUGUUAUCUAAAUUUCGCAAAAUGACUUGUGAUGAGCUCGUAAUGAGAACUAUUACGAAAUAACAGGGUUCAAAAGUUUACCUUGUCAGUAUCACCUUUCAAAUUUAGGAUCGAAUGGAUCUAAAAUUAACAUCACGUACGCCAAAGCGCAAAGCAGAUAACCCUCUGUAUUGUGCUGCUUUGAAAUGGACGAGCGAAGAGAUAUCUACUGAUCCAGUGUUGGGAUAUUCCAAGCAUGUCCCAACGACAUUGUCACUUAUCAACAACCUAGUUUUGUUGUGUUGAAGUUAUGCGCUGUCUUAGAUGGUCACUUUUUGUUAUUUGGAAUAUAUUACUUACGUGUAGCGUGUUAUCAAACAUCAGGGCAGAUGCAGAUGAAUGCAAUAUUUGUCACUCAAAUGCCUCUUGCGUCAACACGUCAAGCCCAUAUACUUGCGUCUGCAAGGCAGGUUUCAGCGGUGACGGGCAUGACUGCAGUGAUAUAGACGAGUGUGCCUUGAACGUCCACAAAUGCAACACUUCUGCGAAUUGCUUCAACACGCCUGGGUCAUACGGAUGUAACUGUUCAGCGGGUUUUGUUGUUAAUAACAGUGUUUGUCAGGAUGAAGAUGAGUGCGCACAGGGCUCACACGACUGCCAUACGCAUGCCCUCUGCCAUAACACCGCUGGCUCUUACAACUGCAGCUGUAAACAUGGUUACUAUGGUAACGGAUACAACUGCACAGACAUCGAUGAAUGCUCUUUACAGCUUGACAGGUGUCACUCAAAUGCAAGUUGCUUGAACGUUCCGGGAUCUUUUAACUGCACUUGUAGAACAGGUUUUACCGGAAAUGGCUCCAGCUGUGAAGAUGUUGACGAGUGCCUGAUAGGCCCGAAUUUAGGUUUAACCGGAAAUGGAUCAAGCUGUACAGAACUCGAUGGAUGUCACCAAGAAACUGGAAUUUGUCACGGCCAAGCGGUUUGCAAAAACACAUUCGGUUCCUUUGUCUGUACCUGUAAAUCAGGUUUUACAUUAAAUGGAAGUGAUUGCGUCGACAUCAACGAAUGUGACCUCGGGGUAGAUAAGUGCCAUAUCAAGUCUUCCUGCGUAAACUCGAAUGGUUCGCACAGCUGUAUUUGUUUACCAGGCUACACAGGAGAUGGCUGGGAGUGUUCUGAUAUCAAUGAAUGCGCAUUAGAUGUUAAUCCGUGUGACGAAAAUGCUACAUGUGGGAACACUCUAGGGUCAUUCAAGUGUGCAUGCCUCAAGGGUUUCCAUGGAGAUGGCCUCGAGUGUAAACCUGUUAACAGCUGUCUCUUAUGCCACAAGAACGCUCUUUGUACAGAAUUAAGCGACUCUUUCGUCUGUCAUUGCCAAACUGGCUUCUCAGGCGAUGGAUACAACUGCUCAGUUAUUUCAACAGCUGAAAAUUCUGGCCCAAAGACAAAGGAAGUUUCCUCGACGCCAGCUCAGUCAAAAGUUAUCAUUGGUUCCGUGGUAGGAACCGUAACACUUUUACUUCUGGCGGGGGUACUGUUGGUCUGCAGAUUGAAAACAAGAAAAGCGAGCAAGCCAAUGAUUCGUCACGCCAGCACAAUAAUGAGUCAAAUCGACGCGAUCAUGCUGGACGACCAGACAGACACUGCACUGGAUUGUGUGUCUGUCAGAUCAUCCCGUUUUUCCAUCCCAAGCCUUCAUCUUUCUAAUUUGAGUGUAAACAAGACGCACAAAGACGAUUCGCACCUAUGACGUCAGUCAGAGAACUAGCGGAUUUAUUUUUAUGUUACCCCAACAACAGCCCAGGAGUGGAUCACAUGGCAUCCUAGCUGAUUCGUCUAUUUCACUUUCUCGAGAGAGGACAUCUCCGCGCGCAAGCGCAAGCUCUGAUCACUCGUGUAAAGCACGCGUGUGUGAACAUUUCUGAAAUUUGCAUUUGCCCCUGCUAUACACGUGUGAACGCGUAGAAAUGAAACAAACAGAGGGAGGAAAUGCAGCAACAUUUUAGCUUGCCAUCGAGUUUGCAAAACGGCGCCCAAAGGACGGAUGUGGGAUGAUUUUAAAGGGACUUGUAUUAUUCCGCUACGUGUUUCCAGAGAAAAGGGAAAUGACAUUCACUUGAAACUAACAGGGACGUUUCAUCGGAAGUUUAUAGAAGACUGUUUCGGGGCAAUAUCAACAGCAGCAUAAGGAAAUUGAACUGAUACAAUUUUUCCUUGGCGAUCGCGUGAUUUGGGGAAUCCCCUGGAGCAGGCGACAGAGACAAACACGAUGCCAUCAAAGAGGUUCAAGUUACUUCAUUAUUCUAGGAAUACCCAGCAAAAUAGACUUGCCACUACAAAACCUCUCAGGCCGAGUUGAGAAAGUAACGAAGUCGCUAAACCCGAGUAACCAACGCAGUAAACAAAAAAUGGACUUUGAAAAAGUCUAACAGCGGAAAAC